UCAGGAAGUAAUUCCGCUGUUAUAUGCUUCACCUUUACAACUGUGCAUGUGAUGGAGUGUUAUACGUCUUAUUAUGAAUUUACAACUUGCAAUUUCCCAGAUGUGCUCAGUAUUAUAGCAGUGAUUAGACUCUGCAAUUAAAGUUUAAAAGGUCAAGUUGUAAGUGAAGGUGAGGACGUACUGUAAACCCUCAUGUCUCCACCUUUGCUGGGCGCUGAGCUGGUCCGCACGCCGGUUCAACUAUACCGCUAUCUGUUGCGCUGUUGCAAACUCCUGCCAACAGCAGCCAUGCAGAAACAUUACCAACACGCCAUCAGACAGAGCUAUAACAGUCAUGCGGAUGAGGAUGAUCCAGAAAGGAUUCAGAUGAUAAUUCAAAGAGCUAUUUCCGAUGCUGACUGGAUAUUACAUAAAUACACUAAAAAGAAGUGACCAGUGUGGAGAAAUAAUCAUCAUGAAGAUGACUCAGAACUGCAAAGGUCAAGCACAGACCGCUAAACCCCUCAUAUUGAAACUGAAAUCAAACCCAAAGGUUUUGUAUAAACAUUAUAUAAACCAUAUAAAACUAUAUGGCUAAAGUAUAACAAUAAUCUGAUAUUGAUGAUUUACAACCCCAGUUCCAGAAAACUUGGGACAUACUGUAAAAUGCAAUAAAACCAAGAAUCUGUAAUUUGUAUAAUUAUCUUUAACUAUCAUUUAAUUGACAGGCUGACAGACUUAAAUGUAUACUGUUAUUGUAAAUGGACUUUGAUGGCUGCAACACACUUCAAAAAAGGUUUGGACAGAAGCAAAAUAAAAGAAACAUAUUUUGAAACGGUUCAGAGUAAGCAGGUGAAUUGGUAAUAGGUGAGGGGAUCAUAUUUGGGUAUAAAAGGAGCAUGAGUAUCUGAUUAUGUUCUGACAAGUCAUGUAUUUGCACAUUACAUUUAACGUUUAUUUUUAUGUUUUAAUGAAAUGUUAAUAAAUACGUUUAAAAUUACAUUAGUGGUUUUUUUGGGGUGUUUUUUUUUC